GUAAUUUCAAUGAUCUCGACAGCUCUGAUCCCAGACAUAUCCCUGGCUCCGCGUUCCCAAAUGAUGUUGUCCAUUGUGUUUGUUUAUUUAAAAUUUGAAUUACCAGCUCAAAGUGUUUCUUCUUUUUCUAUAACCGUGGAUAUUGAGUUAGAGUCGUCAGACUCCAUUGACUGGUCCCAUCUCCCCCCAGAUCUUGCUCGUGGAAUUGUAAAUCGAAUGAUUACUUUCAAAGAUUAUAUAGCGGCUAUAGGGGUUAGCCACAUUUGGCGAUCUGCUCGUUCGAGCAUUAGUAGAGGACCUCAGCUUCCUCUUCCUGCGCUGAUGCUUUCUGAGCCACUAUUAACUGACAUGCGAACUUUAUUUAGCCUCUAUGACAACAGUCAUCAUCGAUUACAACUAUCUGAAGUACGCGGAAAACGUAUUUGGGGAUCUCAACAUGGCUGGGUUGUAACCUUGGGCUCUCGUUAUGUAACCCAACUUGUGCACCUUAUGACAGGAAACCGAAUUAAUCUUCCACAAAUUCAAAGACUGGCUCCUCAAGAAGAGUGGUUUUGCCUUGUACGCAAAUUCAAUCUUCUAAAGGGCCCUACCGAUGAGUCAACAUUCCUUGUCAUCGCAAUUUUUGGCCCUUUGAAUAGUUUGGCUUUUACUAGAGCUGCUUUGAACAGAAGAGGAGAAGGUGAGUGGGUUGUUGUUGCCAAUCCAGAGAAUUUGAAAUUCAAGGAUGUUGCACAUUUUAAUGAUCAAAUAUAUGCACUUUGUGACAAUGGCAAGCUGGUUCGCUUUGAACCUGAUGCUCCUUUGGCAGAUAUGGUCCAAGUUAUUGCUGACCAUCCACAAGAUGUAGGCUCACACCGAAAAAUAUAUUUGGUGGAGUCAUUGGGAAAUCUUUAUGGGGUUUUUCGUAACGGAUUUCUUAUUCCUUCAGAGAGGAGGUUUGAGACUACAUCUUUUUUUGUCUACAAGUUCGACUUCAAUGCAUCAGCUUGGGAGGAAGUGACACACUUGGAAGGUCAUGCUUUUUUUGUUGGUGACAGCAACUCCUUCUCCAGGCGCUUUCCUACAAGCAUUAUCCCUAGCAGAAGUGAUUGCAUCUACUUUACCGAUGACCAUUGGGUUUGGCGAAAGUUCCCUAGGAAGGCAUAUGGAGGCCAUGAUGUGGGACUGUUUGACAUGGCAACCAGGGAUAUCCUACCCCUGAAAUUUGGUAAGGACAAACCUCGUUUCUAUUCUCGACCUAUUUUUGUUACGCGUAAUGACAAACUUUAGUUGACUUUGUUUUCUCUAAUACCCUUUGCUUAGUUGAAAGAAAUGGGUAGAAAUGGUGUUUAGACUUCUUUGGUGGCCAAAUACAAUUUGGUAUUCUGGUUUGUAAGCACAUACAAACUAAUUUCUAGAAUAUUUAUGCUUGUGAUGCUGUGAUU